AUGGCAUCUCUCGACGAAACAUGCGCUUCUUUGCGCGCCCAGAUUACCGCUACAGAAAUACAGCUUGCUGGGUUGAAACGCGACCUUGCGAACGCCGAACAAGCGGCGCGAUCGGAGCCCGCCACGACGGUAGAAAGCCAGCUCGAGGACCAGAGCAGCGAUGGAAGACGAUGGCCAUUGAUUCCAGAGGAGUAUAAGCGAUAUGGGCGACAAAUUAUUGUUUCACAAAUCGGUCUGAAAGGUCAACUAAAACUCCGGUCGUUCAGGGUUCUGCUCGUUGGAGCUGGAGGACUGGGGUGUCCAGCUGCGCAGUAUCUCGCUGGUGCUGGCGUUGGCACUAUUGGGCUCGUCGAUGGGGAUACGGUAGAGGUGUCGAAUCUCCAUCGCCAAGUGCUACACCGAACAAAGAACGUGGGAAAGUACAAGGUGGAUAGUGCAAUUGAGUCUUUGCGAGAACUGAAUCCGCAUCCCACGUACAUUGCCCACCGCACACACCUCACACCCGAGGAUGCGUCCACAGUAUUCCAGAACUAUGAUAUUAUUCUCGAUUGCACCGAUAACCCGGCCACCCGUUAUCUGAUCUCGGACACGGCAGUACUUCUUGGAAAGCCAUUGGUCUCUGCGUCCGCCCUGCGCACUGAGGGCCAACUGAUGGUGUUGAACAACCCACCGCGAGCACCAGGCGACAAGACUGGAGGGCCGUGUUAUCGUUGUGUAUUUCCCAAGCCUCCACCGGCUGAUAGCGUGGUCAGCUGUGCAGACGGGGGAAUUUUGGGCCCGGUUGUCGGGACGAUGGGCGUCCUGCAGGCCCUGGAGGCGAUAAAAGUCAUUACUGCACCCGAGAUUGAUGGAAGCUCAGAUGCGACCACAGCUCGUCCACGGGAUCCCCCGUCUCUUCAUAUCUUCUCUGCCUACUCAUCCCCCCUGGUCCGCACAAUCCGUCUUCGUUCGCGCCGAGCCAAUUGUGCUGUGUGCUCGGCUGAGGCAACUGUCACACUGGAUACAAUCAAAUCAGGGUCAACGGACUACGUGUUCUUUUGUGGAUCCACAAGCCUGCCUUCCCUCCUUGGUCCCGAGGAACGUAUCUCUGCUCGGGAAUACAACCAAAGACACGCCGUCACAUCCGUUUCGUCACAGCCCCACACGAUCAUCGACGUCCGAGACGAAGCUCAGUUUGGAAUAUGCAGUUUGGAUAAUAGCAUCAAUAUUCCUAUCUCAAACAUCCUUUCCGCAGGGUCUUCUGCGGGGUUACAGGGGGACGAUAGUGGACAACAAGCUACACAAGUACCUUCUUGGUUGCCAUCCGAGGUUGCCUCGCCUGACUCUACCAACCCAAUUUACGUCGUCUGCCGCCUAGGAAAUGACUCGCAGAUUGUUGUCAAGAAAAUGAAAGAACUAGGACUAGAUCAACAUGGGAAGAGAUUCAUUGGUGACAUUCGCGGGGGACUCCGAUCAUGGAGAGAACAAGUGGAUCCCUCGUGGCCAGAAUACUGA